AUGCUUCCUUGAUCGUUUAUCAGUUUGUUGACGAUCCAAGAUGAAGAUGCCACGCUAGACGGUACUUCGGUCAGUGACUUCUAUCCGGAAUUUUGUUAUUUUUCAGAAUGUGUUUAGUCUAUUAAUAAUCCUGCAGAUAGUUGUAAUAGAUAUUAUUCGACUGUAUACAAACAAAAUGGCUCUAAUCAAAUCGAAAGGAUUCAGAAUGUCUCCUGAAAAGCAGGAAACUCUUCUGAAGUUGAGUAUCCUGUCUCUUGCAGCAAUCCUCUCUUUUGCCACACGUCUCUUCUCAGUUCUACGUUUCGAAAGUGUAAUCCAUGAGUUUGAUCCCUAUUUCAACUACAGAACUACAAAAUUUCUGGCUGAAGAAGGAUUCUACAGCUUUCACAAUUGGUUUGAUGAUAGAGCAUGGUAUCCCCUUGGAAGGAUCAUUGGAGGAACCAUAUACCCAGGCCUCAUGGUCACUUCAGCCGUUCUCUAUCACCUGAUGUGGAUGUUGAAUAUCACAAUAGAUAUCAGGAACGUUUGUGUCUUUUUGGCGCCAUUCUUUUCAAGUCUGACAACAAUCAUCACCUAUUUGCUGACUAAGGAACUAAAGAGUAGUGGUGCAGGGUUAGUGGCAGCUGCUAUGAUAUCUAUAGUACCCGGCUACAUAUCUAGAUCAGUUGCUGGAUCCUAUGAUAAUGAAGCUAUUGCAAUUUUCUGUAUGCUGUUAACUUACUAUAUGUGGAUAAAAGCUGUAAAAACUGGCAGUAUCCUAUGGGCUACAUUCACUGCUCUUGCCUACUUCUACAUGGUCUCAUCAUGGGGAGGCUACGUAUUCCUCAUCAACCUGAUCCCUCUGCACGUUCUCACUCUAAUGGCUACCGGUCGCUUCUCUCACCGCAUCUACGUGGCCUAUUCGGCCGUCUACUGUGUGGGCACAGUGCUCUCAAUGCAGAUCUCGUUUGUGGGCUUCCAGCCUGUGCAGUCCUCGGAACACAUGUUGGCGCUGGCUGUGUUCGGCCUAUGUCAGCUGCACAGUGCAGUCGACUACAUCCGCAGUAAGAUCAGUGGAGAGGACUUUGAUGUGCUCUUCAAGGCGGUUGUUGUCGGCAGUAUAGGCGUGUCGGCUGUUGUCGGAGGUGUAUUAACGCUCACAGGCAAGAUAGCGCCGUGGACAGGCCGUUUCUACACACUGCUAGACCCCUCCUACGCCAAGAACCACAUCCCUAUCAUCGCCUCCGUGUCGGAGCAUCAACCCACCUCAUGGGCCUCCUUCUACUUCGACCUGCAGAUUCUGGUCUUCCUUUUCCCUGCCGGUCUCUACUUCUGCUUCUCCAAGCUGUCUGAUGCCAACAUUUUCCUCAUACUCUACGGAGUCACUAGUAUCUAUUUUGCGGGAGUGAUGGUGCGUCUCAUGUUGGUGUUGGCACCAGUGAUGUGCAUUCUGUCGGGCAUAGCUGUAUCCGCCAUGUUGGAUACCUACAUGAAACAGGUCGACUCCAACAAGAAUGUCGACAAGAAGAAGAACAAAAUGGAGAACAACUUUGUCAUGAAGAGUGAGAUCGCCACCUGCUUCGUAGGCCUGAUGACGUUUAUGCUGAUCUCGUACACGUUCCACUGCACGUGGGUGACGUCAGAGGCGUACAGCUCGCCCAGUAUUGUGUUGUCAGCAAAAACGCAUGACGGAUCCACCAUCAUAUUCGACGAUUUUCGAGAGGCUUACUACUGGUUGAGGAUGAAUACACCUGAGGACGCGAGAGUGAUGUCAUGGUGGGACUACGGCUAUCAGAUAACGGCGAUGGCGAAUCGAACGAUACUAGUGGACAAUAACACGUGGAACAAUACGCACAUAUCACGGGUGGGUCAGGCCAUGGCGUCUAGUGAAGAGAAGGCCUAUGAAAUCAUGCAGGAGCUCGAUGUCGACUAUGUGCUCGUCAUAUUUGGUGGGGUGGUGGGGUACUCCAGUGAUGACAUAAACAAGUUCCUGUGGAUGGUGCGGAUCGGGGGGUCGACGGAGCACGGGGCGCACAUCAAGGAGUCGGACUACUACUCGCCGACGGGGGAGUUCAGGGUGGACAAGGGGGGGUCCCCCGUCCUCCUCAACUGUCUCAUGUACAAGAUGUGCUACUACCGAUUUGGACAGGUCUACUCCGAGGGAGGUAAACCGCCCGGCUACGACCGAGUCCGUAGCGCCGAAAUCGGCAACAAAGACUUUGAGCUGGAUGUCCUGGAGGAAGCCUACACCACGGAGCACUGGCUAGUGCGCAUCUAUAAAGUGAAGCCACUGCGCAACCGCGGCAUUUGACCGCCUUACUAAGCUCAAUCUGUGACCUUGACGGAUUCACCAAGGUCAAACCUGUGACCUUGAGAGGUAUUCUCUGUUGUCAACAAGUGUUUAAAUGU